AUGUAUGUGGACGAGUUUGCCGAAUAUUCCGUGUAUGCAAAUAUGGGUGGAGUAUUUUCAUCGGAUGACACUAGGGAUGUGAUCUUUUUGCCGGAAGAUAUUAUCGUCAGUCCAGCCGCACAGGAGCGUCUAAAGAAGGCGUCUCUACCUGGAGAGCCUCCGGGUAAGAAUGAGGAGCUGUUCAAACAAGCAGCCGAAGAGUACACUCGUACAGUGGAGCGCUUGGAAAAUAAGUAUAUGCGUUCCACACCAGGUGGGUGCUGUACAGCCGCAGAACAGCGUGUAGAAGAUUGUUACAAAAGCAAUCCCGGACGUCCUCUCCAGUGUUCCCAACUCGUAAAAGAGUAUAUUCGCUGUGUGAACAACUUUCGGGUGGCCACCGCUCGAAAAGAAGUCAGCAGCCCAGCCUAACACUGCCGACGGUCCUGUUGCUUAUCAUCUCCUUAGGAAGUUGUUUCGAAAGAAUAUAUUUUUCUUAGUCUCUUCCGUGUACCGGUUCUGAUUUCAAAGACCAAUGGCAAAACACAAGUCAUUUCAGAAAUGCAUUUUUUGCAUUUGAUCGAAGGUCUCUUUGGUUCCCGCUCACGAAAAGAUAUUGUAAGUGUUUCAUGUAAAACUAAUAGAUGUGGAGGAGUAAGUGGGGAAGAAGCAUGUAUGCAUAUAUGUGGACAGCCGGAUUGAUACUGAAAUCUUUUUUAAAGCAAGUCGGUUUGAAUGAGAAGUAUAAGUAAGUUAGUUGUAUCUGGCAUGCGUGUGCGCCGCCUUUCUCUUCAAGAAGGCUUCGAGGUUAGUUGUCAAGAUAAUACACGAAAUAUUCGGAAAUGACAACUCUGGAUUCUAUCACAGAUAAUCACCUUUCCGGUGGGUCUGAGUGGGGACUAUUUACACGAAUCCAUUCUCUUCUGUUACAUGCGUUCGUCGGUUACUCGAUAGAGUUUGAUUCUUCCGAAGCGAUUGGCGCGGCACCUUGGGACCCACCGAGGUUGUUCGCGUUCGAAGUCAGGUGAGCAGUGCUUCGAUGUACAGAUACUGUCCGAGCUCGGUGCAGUCGGUAGUAGGGUACACGAUUUGUCCUUCGACGUUCGGCAAACUGAGAGGAUGGAGUAGAUUUAUUAGUGAAUGGGGAAAGCGUUUACCUUGUUGGUUUAGCAAAACCCAGCAGCAGCUAGAGAUAGUACAUUCGUUUAGCGGAUUUUAUUACCUUGCUUUCACGCAAAAACUACCGGGUGCUGAAAAAGACUUCAGGUCCGUCCAAAGAUUGCAUUUGAAAUUUCUGCCGAAUUGUUAAGUUGGUGAUACUUUCUAAUGGCACUGUCACCAGAAACAUUGGUUAAAUGAAUAAAAAAUGAACUUCUGAUCGCAGAUACGAUAUGUUCCAGAAAACGAUUACGAGGAUUGCUUUGGAUGUUUCGCGAUAAUGGAAAUGAAGUUAUACUGCGAGGAGAUAUUCUUCGUAUUUUUCAUGGAAAUGGUCUUCUGAAUUUGUUCCUCGAACGCCUAGUUCAUGGGUAAUUUUGUUACAACCAGCCCGCAGAAGGUAUUUAUAUGGAGCGAAUAGAUUUCCUCACUAGCGUGGCGUUGUAUCUAUGAUCGUUUGCUGCCUGAUUUCAGGGGUACAUCAAACAUCGAAAAAGAUACCGUGAACUUCAGAUUUUCAGUAAGCUGAACUGGAAUUGAAAAAACCGACCUUUCAAUAACAGAAUGGUAUACAUAGCCAUCACUGGCUGGAAUCAUCAUUUCGUAGAUUUUGAUGAGAUUGAUUUGAUGGUUUGGAACAUGAGUUUGUU